ACCAAGUAGGGGGUCAUUGCUCAGUCCUUCACUUCAAUGAUACAACCCUUUGCAAACCUCUCACUUCUCGUGAGCGUUAUUUCUAUGAAACUCUACCCCCAGAGUUGAAGGAAUUUACUCCAACUUACAGAGGUGUUAUGCAAGUACAAAUAAUUGAAGAUAACGAUACUCAUGUGACCUUAGUAGGUAUUCCACCCAAAUCCCUGACUCAGAAACACUCGCCUGUUCAUCAUCGUUCUUCGACUUUACCGUGCUCGCCUGUGGUACCAUCUGAUCCCGAGACAGAAUCCAAACAAAGCCUCAUCCGACAGCAACAACAAAAACAGUCAGACAGAAAUGGUUCUUUCAGCAUUCAUCUGUUGCGAAGCUCCAGUUUAGAUAUGGCUGCACGACGAAAUUCUUCCCGGGCGGAUAAGAAGAUAGUACAUACCGAUGAUGAUGAUGAUGAUGAUGAUGAGGAUGAGCACGAUGACGAUGACGAAGAGGAAGAAGAAGAUGUAUUUGAUGUUCAUCGACAGGACAACUUCCAUCCUUCAUGGAGUAUACGGUGUCCAAAAAUGCAGUUGUCAAAAUUAUUGAAAUCUGGACACUCAGACUGUUAUAAAUUUAUAUUGUUGGAGAAUGUUGCUGCCAAGUUCCAUUACCCUUGUGUUCUUGAUCUUAAGAUGGGUCCACGACAACAUGGAGAUGAUCAGUCUGAAGAGAAGAAACAGAAAAAGAUUUUACGGUGUAAAGAAAGCACAUCAAGUUCUCUUGGCGUCAGAGUCUGUGGAAUGAAGGUUUACCAUGUAGAUAAAGGGCAGUAUGUGUACCAAGACAAGUAUGAUGGCCGUUCUUUGAAUGUUGAAGGUUUCAAAGAGACUCUGUACAAGUUCUUACACAAUGGUGUUGAGGCACGUCUUGAUUUAAUUGAACCUAUUAUUUGGCGGCUAAAGCAGCUGUAUAAAAUGGUUGAAAAGCGAGAUACAUUCCGAUUUUAUACCAGCUCGUUACUGGUCAUGUAUGAUGGCUUAACAGAAACACCAAGCAGUCGUCAUCAUCAUCACCAUCAUCAUCACCAUCAUCAUCACACUUCUCUACUGGAUAACAGUUCGCCAGAAGAACACAGUUAUGGAAUGCAACAUGUGUGGCAUGAUCACUAUCCUGAAGUGGAAGUACGCAUGAUUGAUUUUGCACAUUCCACUCACCGUGGGUUCCGUGAAGACAAGAUCACUCACCGAGGCCCCGACCAAGGAUAUUUAUUUGGACUUAGUAAUCUCAUUCUUUCUUUUAAGGAAGUUCUCGAUCGUUAUUCCCCCAGUUGCCAACAAUGCCACAGCUGAUAUGAACUGGGUAGAGCAUGCAAGAAAAAGAAAAUGUAAACCAAGAAGCUAUGCCAGAAAGGAUCUUCAUUGUUAAUUCUUUAAAUAAAACAGAAGAUAGACUAUACUGUUGCAUUAAAGAACUCUUAGAGAUCAGUAUGUGAAGAAUCUUCUAGAAUGUAAAAAAAUUGAAAUAAAAGAAUGGAAAAAAAUGGCCCUAAACGAAUAGACCAAUAUAUGUAGCACUUACAUUCACAUGGUGAACUGCAGGGUUAAUGAUAACAAUAAUUGAAGGUUAGCAAAUCUAAGAAUUCUCUACCAUAUCAGUGAUCUAAAGACGGAUGAAUGUGACUGAUGUUGCAUUCUGGGACUGAUAUGAGUAAAAGAAAAAAGAAAACAAACCCCAAAAUGGCAUAGUCCAGUAGCUUCAUACAAUGGAAUACACACCUUAGCUGCCAAUAUUUGCAGUGAUUUCUUGCCAUUUUAGCACCAAGUUACUUUUCUUUCUAGGUGUCCCUGUGUGCCGACCCUGAAAAGUAGCAAUUGCUAAGAUUAGUACCUGGAUCAAAUUAAGUUGACCUCACGGGUUAUUACUAUUAUCAUUAUUAUUAUCAUUAUUAUUAUUAUUUUAAUUUUAUUUUAUUUCUAUUUUAUUAACUUCAGUUAAUAACAUGUCUUUUUUUUUUUUUUUGUAAUGUGAUAAAAAAAAGAAUUAAAAAAUGGUGAAAGGAUCAUAAUUCUUAGACUGAGAGCAAUGUUGAGUUAUAAACACUGCAAAGAAUAUAUUGAUCCAAAUCUUGCAACUUAUCUGUAUCAGAAGAGAUUUGCAAAACAAGACAAUAAUAAUAAUUAAAAAAAAAAAAAUUGAAUGUAAAAAAAAAAAAGGGAAAUAUUUUCAUGGGAUUGAAAUGAAACUAUGAACUUGACUGGAACAAUUCUUCCUCAUGAAACUACUAACAUGUUUUAGUUUCUAUGACAGUUUUUUUUUUUCUGAAAUAGUCCACAAACUAGUUCGACUUGUUGGUAAUUUGUCCAAAUGUUAUUUGUCUCUCUCUUUCUCCCUUUCCUCUCCAGACUAAACAAACAUUUAAGACACAGACAGGUAUUUCCUGAACGAGAACAAUGGCAAUAAUGAAGAGCGUCUAGGUGACAACAUAUCUAAAAAGAUGAUGAUGAUAACAAUAACCUACUUAUUGUCUUGGGGGAAAUGAAAACUGUCGAAAAUAAACAGAAAUCUUGGUGAAUGUUCAAAUCAACAUUUUUAAAGGGUGGAGUUUGCUGAAUCAAGGAUUUGGGUUUUUUUUUUUAAAAGAAUUAAAUUUUUUUUUUCGGGAGGUAAUUGUUGGUUUCAGUUUCUAUAUUUUCAAAUUCCUUUAAAAUAUUCCACAAUCUUAACCUUAUCACAAGAAACGCUUGUUUCUGUGAAUCAUCAGACAAAUAUGUAAUACUACAAACUAGGAUGUGGCUUUGGUGGCCAUGUACUCCAGUAUUUUAGUUUUGUCUGUUUGAGUAGGUUUGUAGUCUUCAUGUUUUGUGUUUGUACAUGAGACAUAUAUGAACUUAUUUACUUAUUGAACUCUGUGUGAGCAGAACAAAUAUAAAAUACAGAAUUAGUCUUGUUAGAAUUCUACCUCUGCCAAUGUCUGUCUCCUUUGUAUCUAUAUUAAUGCUGUUAUGGACCAGGAAUUUCUUAUGCAUAUAAGACUUUCCUCUAUGUGGUUGCUUGACCUGCUAGAAAUAGCAAUGAAUCUCUCUCAAAUUACACUCUGCUGUAUUAAAGAAUGAAAUCACAUGGACAGUGUUGUCCUAGGCAUAUAUAUAUUUAUACACACAGAAAGAUGGAAUAGUCAUGGCUGGAAAGCCUUUGAUGAUAGGUCUGCUCGAUCAAAACAGUCUCCGAGAUGUACAACAACUACCACUUCCAAACAACAACUACCACUUCCAAAAGAACACAUAUAUAUUCAUGUGGUGGAAAUUUGAUCCUCUCCGAGCUGCAUGUAAUAAGUUGAUGGAUCACAUGUAUGUCUCUGUGUGAGAGAAUAUAUGACAAAAAGAAAGACGAAGCAAAUACAAGCACACAGAUAAAGUAAUGGCGAGGUGUUAGUAGUAGUACUACUACUGUUAGUCCUCUGUAUCAUUAGUUAGUUCAUCCUGUGACUAUGUGUAUCAUUAGUUAGUUCAGUGUCAGUCUUGCUCCCAGUAAUUGUGCGCCAGCUUGCAAGCAGAACAAAUUAUAAAACUAUGGCCAAUUGCUGUGGGGUUUUCUCCUCUUUCUUCCAUUUAGAACAAACUUACUUUGUACAUCGCCCUCUUAAUGAUUUUAUUAGUUGUCGUUUCACCUACAGGAGUGCCAUUGACUCAUCUCUCUUCAAGGGCAAAUAACUAUAUUAAACAAAAGAGGGGAGGUCUGUGGCACUGAUACAUUCAACAUUCUUCAAGUAUCCAUAUAAAAAAAAAAAAUAAA